UCGUCUAGUGAUGUGAAAUCUGCGAAAUCAUUAGAUUUGAUCGAAGGUUUAGCUGGAACAGGGUGUGGGUGAGAUUGCACGGAAUAGAGGCUAAACAUUGUAAACAAACGUAUGUAUGCAUACUCAUCUCUGAUAUGUAUGUACAGCCGACUGCCCGAAUAAUGGAUUCCAAUAAGUCAAACGCUUCGAGGGAAAACCUGAAGCAAUUACCUCAUGGAGAAGAAAAAGAUGCGGAAAGCUUGUCUCAGAUUUACGACGAAGGGUUUGCCCUGUUCAACAGCAUAAAUAAAUCCCAGGAGGCAACAAAUAGCCCCAAAAUACAAUCUGAAGUUAGGAGGGCGAUGAGCAUGUUCGAAGAUGCAACCAGAUUGGUAUCCAUGACGGAUAUGUUUAGCGUCAAUGAGAGUUUCGAAGAAGUGGCGACGGCAAAUAUCAAAUACUUUCUGCUGCCAGCUCUGCUUGGAACUCUGACGCUAAAGAUUUGUGGAACGAGCGACCGAUUGCACAUUGUUGACGUAGCGGAGAUCUAUUACAACGAUUUUCUGAAAAGGCUAGAGCAUUAUGGACUGAUUGAUUUUGUAAUACCUGAGAAAAAGUCGAGCGAAGAAAAUUCAGUGAGGAAACCAAUGUCCAACGCCGAAUUAAUAACGUCCAUGGUGUCGACAAGAAAUACAAAACUGCAGAGGUUCAAGGAGCAGAAAGAGCUGGAAAGCAGACUGGAAACAUUAAGUGAGAACAUGCGCAACCCAAAUAUAGAUGAAGAAUCGAAGAGAGAGUACUACGUUACGUUAAUCAAGUCGUAUGUGAACCAAGCGUUGGAUGAUUUAAGUUCAAUAGCUUCGGAGAGGCCAAUAAUAGAGCACAUGAUUAAAGUUGGGCACAGCGACCCCUUGGCUGCUCAAAACCCAAGAAAAUCAAAAUUGCCUGGAGUUAAACUGAAGCCGAUCAUUAUUACGAGAGAUGAGCUACAAAAACAAGUUUAUGGAGCUGGCUAUCCAAGUCUACCCGUUCUGACUGUGCAAGAAUUUUACGAUAAAAGAAUCAGAGAUGGCGACUGGCCAGAUCCGUCGCAGAGAAAUCAAGUGAGUGGCAAGUGCCUACAGAAUAUUCCGCCCAACACGGAUGAAUUGAAGGAAGAAGAUAUUGAGGAGGAGCAAAAAGAAAACCAAGUCGAGAAAGACGAUCCGCAGCUUCUUGCCCAAGCUCGUGCCAUGGAUGAAUAUAAAGAUACUCAUAGACGAGGUUGGGGGAACAGAAGCAACAGAAGCUAAAUCCAUAAAAUAUUCAGACUCUUAUUUCAUGCAAAGUGGUCCAUCGGAAUUGACUUUUCUAUUUAGUACUGAACCAUAUUUAUGGAAAGAAUUCCAACGGUACUAACUUGAGGUAAAAAAAAUGGAGAACAUAAUACCACGUCUUUAUAUGGAAAAAGUUAAUAAUUGUCAGUUCUGUAAGGUAGAUUCAAUUUGAGCAUUACAUUUUGUAUGUGGCUUAUAAUAUUUUUCAAUUUUUCACUGCUGGAACAUUUGUUUUGACAAUCACUGUUUUCAGGUACUUAAUAGCUGAAUUCUGGAUGCUUUCAAGAUAUCUAACUUAUUAUCAGACUGUUGGAAUCACGUAGAAUACUACUUGGAUUGUACGGGAUUUUUUUUCUUGUUCAAAAUACGUACUAGUUGGAAGUUUGACACAUGGAGAAAUCAAAACAUUUCUAGGAGAAAAAAUUCGUGUUUGAGUAGCAGAUCGUCUGAAUCAAUCAUGAUUUUUUAUAACGUGUAUCGAUGUAUGUACAUUAAGAAUAUACCUUCUGAUCUUUGAUAUUAAA